UUGCGGUUUGCAAAUAGAUUGCAGCGUUAUGUUGCUAUGUUUGAUAUUUUCAUUGUAUCUAUUUUAAGUACAUUUACACAUAUAAAAGAACUAUGCAUAAAGAAAUAAAGAAACUGUAUAACAGCAUAGGCUGGCAACAGUAACAAUCUAUCUAAUGUUCGAACGGAAGAGUAUCCCUUAGGCAGUGGCGCCAAAGUCCACUCUAGGAAAAGGUCACAGGAGAUUCGACUACGACAUUUUUCAGAAGCCAGCAUUCGGCCUACAAACACCAAGAAUAAAGAUUGCGUUGCACACAUAGCAUCAAAAUUGUACUUUCUUACGCAAAAGGACUUGGCCUGUUGGCUGACGCUCCUCGAUUGCCAAAUACCCGUUGUAUUCACCGCCAAAAUAUACUAAAUAACAAUUACAAUUACAAGUAUUCCUUUUGUUCGUGUUGAAUGAACUUACUUCAGCGAGUUAUGUUAAUGUUGGGAUCCUUAUUUUUGCCUUUCUCUAGCAAAACAUUCAGAGAAGUGGUAACGACUAACGGUGACGAUAGGAAAAUGACCAAAGACCCGACGAAAAGCGAUGAUGGUGGAGCAUCAGAGUCACAACCUCUGUUGAGUGGCAAGAAAGUGUCUACAGACCACACCCCUUCCUCAACAUGCCGCUUACCAAUCGAACCUAUUCCAUUAUUCUUUCUCCUCGCCAUUGGUCUACAGAACCCCAUUUUGAAAGAGUUUCUGUACUACAAACAGUGUGAAAAGAUCAACAUCACUUUUGUCUGGGACGACAAUUCCUCCAAGUGUUUCCUUAACAUGUCUGAUCCGGGGUACUUGGCUCAGCAAACGGCCCAGGCCGGAGCUUCACAACAACUUCUGUACCACAACAUUGCCCUGUUGUCCCCGGUGUGCUUUUCUGCCAUUUUCUUUGGGGUUUGGAGCGAUCUAAGCCAAAGACGAAAGGUCGCUAUUGUGCCUCCAAUCUUUGGAAUGAUCAUCCAAGCCGCCGUCUACCUGUUACUGAUGGGGUUUGAGUUCUCUUUCGAAUUUGUCAUAAUUGGCGUGACUUUUGUUGGUCUUCUUGGCUAUUAUUAUACUCCAUUUGUUGGCAUCAAAGCCUACUUAGCCGACGUAACACCCCGCUCCCAACUCACAUUUCGCCUGGCUGUACUUAGCGCUUUUGAAGGCAUCGGCAUUGGGCUUGGGUAUGUAACGUCGGGCCUCUGGAUUCAAUGGCAAAAAUCUUUCACCACAUCAAUGUGGAUUCCAUUAGGCUUGUUCAUCUUCAUGUUUCUGUACGUGAUACUUCUUCCAGAGUCUUUGCCAAAGUCAGAGAAAAAACUGUUUUCCUGUUCGCAUUUUAGCGCUUUCGGACGAGCAUGCAAGUCGGCAAAAAAUUCUGAUAUUAACUGGGGGCUCUUGGGAUGCUAUUACGUUGCCUACAUUUCAGUGCACUUUGCUGACGGGGCUUUUUCUGAAAUAGUCAAUCUCUACUUGAUGAACUCACCUUUUUGUUGGGACCCUACUAAGAUUGGUAUACUCCUUGCUGCCAUGUACGUUGGAGGACACAUGAUCAGUGCAGUAGGAAUCCGUGUGUUCGGACGAGUCAUGGAUGAUCUGUGGAUCGCACAGAUAGGUGUGCUGUCUGACGUGUUGGCCAACACACUCAUGGCUGUGUCUGCUUAUCUUCCACACCAGGACAUCAUACCCUUCAUCGUGCCCUGUGUCCGAAUGUUCGGCCGUAUGCAGCAUUGCGUCAUCAGUUCUGGCAUGUCUAAACUUGUUUCACAGGACCGACAAGGUUCGGUAUUUGCGCUCCUGUACUGUUUUGAGGCCAUUAACAAGUUGACCCAGUCGCUGGUGUUCCUUCCCGUGUACCGGGCCACUCUGCACUGGUUCCCGGGGUUCGGCUUCCUCAUCAACCCCGCUAUCAACUUCAUCAUCACCGUUCCUGUACUAGGAUUCGUGCAUUACCGUACACGCAACCGGUCCACGAGGAGUCAGCUCACAAUCAACUAAGUGUCAACAGUGCGAGAAGCCUAAAAAGAUUAUAUAGACUUGUCUUUUCAAAUGCUGUUCCAAAUGCAUCUUUCUGGUGCAAAUAUGACGAAGUGCAAUAAGUUGGUUCUAAGGAGAGUUUUAACGUCCAUGUUUUCAUUUCAUCGUAGAUUUAAGAAACAACAAGCUCCGAAAGAAUGUUAUCAGCUCGUGGAGUCUUGGAUUAACAUAUGUUAAUAAAUACAGAAAAUCUUUGAAAGACGGAUUUCCGUGAGUUUAUAAUUUCUCGGUAGUCCUCCUCUCAAAAAAGAAACACAACUGCAAGACAUUAGUGCUAACAAACAGUCGCCCAAUGAUAUUCAUGAUAUAUGUUUCUUAAUACAUAGACCUUGUCACAGUGUGCUUUAAAAGAAUUUCUAAUGAUCUGUGAACUAUAACCUAGUAGUGAUAAUAAAUCCCUUGCCGUUAGUAGACAUCAACAGUUCUCGC